GGAUAGUCCUACUACUCUGCCAUUCACAGCUAAAGGUUGCAGUCCAUUCCUCUUUAUCAGUGAUUCACCAAGCGUGUUAGCAAGAUAACAAGAUGAAGGUCGCAGCCCUUUUGUUGAUUUGUGUGUCCUCAGCACUGGCAACUUACAGUGUGCCCGUGGUUAAUCAUAUGCCCUCUUACUCAAAUCCCAUCUACACCGGGGCUGUUUCUGGCCACACUUCUGUCAUGCAGACACAACCUACAUAUCAACACAUGGGAACUUUCGGCUCACCUGGCAUCGCCAACAACGCAGGAUUCGUAGCUCGUGUGAAUUCUGCCCCGCUCUCUACAAGCAGCUUCAGCUACGGUCCCUCAUAUUCUGCGAUGGCUCCUGCUGCAAGAGUUGGGUACACUGGUUCCUCACUUUCUGCGUUCGCCGCUCCCUCAUUUUCUUCGUUCACUCCCUCGAUCGCCACCCCCCAAUAUUCUUCGAUCUCCGCACCCUCUUUCUCUUCGUUCACUCCCUCGAUCUCCACACCCUCUUUCUCUUCGAUCGCCGCACCAACUUUCUCUUCGUACGCUCCCUCAUAUUCUGCGAUGACCUCUCCCGCAUAUCCUUCGAUCGCCACCCCCCAAUAUUCUUCGAUCGCCACCCCCCAAUAUUCUUCGUUCGCUCCCUCAUACUCUUCGUAUACCCCAGGGAUGGCAUUAUCUGCUGCCCCAGUAGGAACAGGCAUGGGAUACACUAUGAACGCCGCAAUGCCAUAUAUGGCAGGAUCUGCAAUGGCACCGGGAUACAAUUUCAACUCCGGAAUAUCUGGAUUUAACUCUGCCAUGCCGUAUAUGGCAGGAUCUGCAAUGGCACCGGGAUACAAUUUCAACUCCGGAAUAUCUGCAUUUAACUCUGCCAUGCCGUUUGUUGGAGGAGCAGGAGCAGGAAGUUCCUUUGGAGGGGCCGGAGCGAUUGGCCCAGUGGAAAUGAUUGGAGACACUGCUGGUGCUGCUGGUUUUGCUGGAUCUGCUGGAGCUGGAUUUGGUGCCCAGGGACUGUUUUCGGCUGGUGCUGGUGCCGCUGGUGUUGGCAUGCAAAGAUCUGUAUUUGGUAGUCCCGGAUUUUAUCAGAAUCCCGGAAUGAUAAGCGGAAUGAAUCAAUUUGCAUACGGAGGACCAAUGACCAUGAACUACGGUGGAGCUUAUUAGGAGGAAGAAGUUCAUGACAGAAACAAAUCGUGUUAGAAAACCUCACGACGCCCGAAGAUGAUUAAUAAAAUUGAUUAAAGCAGA